UAAAACUUACGCCUUCAUUUUUGAAAAGACUCUGAUAAUCAACUCUCUCCUAACCAUCAGAAGAUAAAUAAGAGAGCAAAUGCUAAAUUAGCCAUUUCAAAUUUCUGAUUAAAAGUGGAAGUUUUCAGGAAAAUCCUGGAAGAAAUUUGCAGCAUUGCUAUGGCUAUGAGUGAACAUAUAAAUCUACCUGAAAUGACCAAAGACUGGACCAAAGAGGAUGUGAAACAAUGGGUAACAAAAGAGCUUAAGAUUGCUGAGGAAUAUGGACAGAUUCUGCUUAAUGAAGAAGUGUCAGGAUUAUCCCUUCAAGAAGCAACUGAGGAAGACCUUAGAGAAAUGGGACUUCCACGAGGUCCAGCACUUUUGAUAAAACGCGCUUACAACAAAUUGAAUAAUACUUCUCCUGAAAGUAACUCUCCAAAUUCUAGACAAUUAGAUUCUACAAACCUCUCCAAAAAGAAAAGUAAAAAAAGGUCACAAAAAAUAAAAGAGGAAAACUCAGUGUCAUCCAAUAGUGAUCAUGAUCUAAAGGAUUCAUUAAAUACCAAGGAACAAGAAUCAGUUCCUAUAGACAAAGAUCCAUUAAACUAUCAAGCAAUAGCUGAAGACCAAAAGGGUAAGCUAAAAACAGAACAGUCCACUUGUGUGCCAUAUCCUUUUGAUCAGUUCCAUGACAGUCGAUGUUAUAUAGAACAUCAUAUUCUACAACCUGAAACAGGACCACGCAAUCUCAUAGACCCAAUACACGAGUUCAAAGCCCUCACAAAUACAGAAUCAGUUGAAGAAAAAGACAUUCAAAUGAAAUUCAGCAAUGAAGUCUUCCGAUUUGCAUCGGCUUGUAUGAAUUCACGGACCAAUGGCACCAUUCAUUUUGGAGUUCUAGACAAACCCCAGGGAGAAAUUGUAGGUGUGAAAGUGACCAGGAAGGAUUCUUUCAUUGACCACUUUAAUAAAAUGAUCAAACGUUAUUUUGAAGAUAGUGAAAUCAAAGAAGCCAGGAAAUGCAUUCGUGAGCCAAGGUUUGUGGAAGUCCUACUGCAGAAUAACACAUUGUCUGACAGAUUUGUUAUUGAAGUAGAUGUUAUCCCAAAACACUCUGUAUGUCAAGAUAAGUAUUUCUACACCAAGAUGCAAGAACUAGAAGAUGGAAUAUGGAAACAAACUGAAAACACUUCGCUGUUUGUGAGGGAGGGAGCUAGCACUAAAGAUAUUCUGGCCAAUGAAAGGACCCGUGAUGUAGCUUUCAAAGCAUUUCUGCAAGAUUUAAAGUCACUAAUGACAAUGAGAAAAGAGGCUGAAGAAAAAUAUGAGGUGAAAGUAAAUAAGCAGGAAAGUGAAGGACAGAAGUUGAUUAAACUUCUCAUCGGAAAUCGAGAUUCACUAGAUAGUUCAUACUACAAUUGGUACAUUCUUGUAACAAAUAAAUGCCAUCCAAACCAAACAAAGUUCUUAGAUUUUCUGAAAGAAAUAAAUUGGUUUGCUGUGUUGGACUUUGAUCCUGAAUCUGUUAGUAAGGGGGUAGUAAAAGCUUUCAAAGAAAGUCGAGCAGCAAAUCUUCAUUUUCCAAGUCAAUAUGUGGAGGGGAAAUCAACACAAAAUGAGACUGUUUGUAGCCUGAAUCUUUAUCAACAAACCAGCUGGAUUUUCUGCAAUGGCAGAUCAGACUUGAAAGAUGAAAUAUAUAGGCCUCUAGAACCUCAUUUAUGGAAUAGAAAAAGAGCUUCAGAAGUCACAAAACUGACAUUAUUUCUCACAGAUGAGAGUAUAAUGGCAAGAGGAAAAUUUCUGGUAGUAUUUCUAUUACUCUCUCCUGUAGAAAGCCCAGGAGAUCCACUCAUCGAAACUUUCUGUGCUUUCUAUAAAGCUCUCAAUGGAAUGGAAAACAUACUGUGUAUCUGUGUAAAUUUAGAUAUUUAUCAACGAUGGAAAGAUCUACUACAGGCAAGAUUGAUAUUGGAAAAUGAAUUAGCAAACCACACUAUUUCCACCUUAAAUUUAGAAUUCCUGAACAGUACUAUCCUGAAACUAAAAUCAGUGACACGAUCCUCAAGAAGGUUUUUGCCCUCCUAUGGGUCCUCUUCAGUUAUUCUUGAAAAAAAAGAAGAAGAUAUUUUGACUGCACUGGAAAUUCUCUGUGAAAAUGAGUGUGAAGACACUGACAUAGAAAAAAAUAGAACUAAAUUUCAAGAAUUUAAAAAAUCGAAAGAAGAACAGUUUUAUCGGGGUAGUAAAGUGUCUUGGUGGAAUUUCUACUUUUCUUCUGAAAACUAUUCUUCAGCUUUUGUCAAAAGGGAUAGUUAUGAAAACCUAAAGAAGCUUAUAGAAGAUUGGGCAGAGUCUCCUAAACCAUUAUUUGCAAAAAUUAUCAAUCUGUAUCAUCAUCCAGGUUGUGGGGGUACUACAUUGGCAAUGAAUGUUCUCUGGGAGCUCAGAAAAAAAUUCAGGUGUGCUGUACUAAAAAACAUAACAGCUGACUUUGCAGAAAUUGGAGAACAAGUGACCAAACUGAUUACCUAUAAGGCAAGCAGUCAUCAGGACUACAUUCCUGUACUUCUUCUUGUGGAUGACUUUGAAGAACAAGAAAAUGUCUGCAAUCUACAAGAUGCCAUCCAUUUCAGUUUAGCAGAGAAGGAUUUACGAUAUGAAAAAACGCUAGUAAUUAUUUUAAACUGCAUGAGAUCCCAAAAUCCUGAAGAAAGUGCAAAGUUAGCAGACAGUAUUGCACUAACAUACCAACUUUCUCUCAAAGAACAGAGAGCUUUCGGGGCCAAACUGGAAGAAAUUGAAAAAGAACACAAGAACUUUGAGAACUUUUAUUCCUUCAUGAUCGUGAAAAGUAAUUUUGAUGACAAAUAUGUAGAAAACGUGGUUAGAAAUAUUUUUAAAGGACAUAAUGCUGACAGCAAAGAAACACAGCUCAUUUCUUAUUUAGCUCUACUCAACUCCUAUGUUACUGAUUCUACAAUUUCAGUGCCACAGUGUGAAAUAUUUUUGGGAAUCAGGCACACUCCAUCACCUUGGGUGCCUGAAAGCAUAGAAGACAAGAUGGGAACAUACUCUACACUUAUAAUAAAAACAGAAGUCAAAGAAUAUGGAUAUGAGGGCGUACGCAUCAUUCAUUCCUUGAUUGCUCUUUGCUGUCUAAAAGAGUUGGAAAAAAGCUAUCGCUUGGAUAAGAGUCGAAUUGCACUGAAUAUGUUAAGGGAGAAACUAUUCUAUGAUUCCGGGAUAGGAAAAGACAAGUUUCAACAUGAUGUGCAAACUCUUCUUCUUACAAGACAGCGUAAAGAGCAUGGAGAUGAAACAGAUACUUUGUUUUCCCCACUAAUUGAAGGUUUAGACAAGGAAGAUGUUGAAACUGUCUUAACUGCAGGAAGCGAUAGGUUCCCCAAUAAUGCAUUCAUUUGUCAAGCCUUAGCAAGACAUUUCUACAUUAAGAAGAAGAACUUUGACACUGCUCUGCUUUGGGCAAAUCAGGCCAAAAUGAAAGCACCUAACAACUCCUAUAUCUCAGAUACACUCGGUCAAGUCUACAAAAGUGAAAUCAAAUGGUGGCUGGAAAAAAAUAAAAACUGCAAAACAAUUUCUGUUAGUGAUCUAACAUAUUUCCUAGAAGCUGCUGAAAAAGCCUCAAAAGCUUUUAAAUUGUCCCAAGAGCAAACUGAUAAGAAAAACUGUGAAACAGAGGAUUGGUUACUAAAGAGGUUCCCAAGAAAAUAUGACAUGUAUAAUACAGCUGGCUUCUUGGGUGAAAUAGAAGUUGGUCUUUUUGCUAUUCAGAUUCUCCAGCUCAUUCCCUGUUUUCACAAAGAAAAUGAAUUAUCAGAAAAACUUAUGGCAAAAUUUUUAUUGGGAAAGGUAAAUGUUCCCACAAAUCCAAAAAGUGAUUAUUAUUUGGCUCUUGGAAAAUUUACAUCUUACUUACAAAAUUUACAACCAGACUUAAAAAGGUGCUUUGACUUUUUUGCAGAUUAUAUGGUUUUUUUGAAAACAAGGACUGUCCAUAAAGAAAUUACAGAAAUCUCAUUAAGAAAGAAAAUCGGUCGUUGUUUCAUGAGCUAUAUAAGCAUUUUCAGUCACUCAGAAUUGGGUACAACACAAGCUCAAGAGAAUCUGUUACUCCAAGAGGAAAAGUGCAGGAAAAAACUAGAAGGAUGGAGAGCAGAUAGGUUUUCUUUACUCCUAGAAUAUCUUAAUCCAAAUCAUAAAGAUGCUGCAGCCACCAUAGAAAAUAUAGUCAAAGAAUAUACCUUCUUAUUGCAGCAAAAUCCUCAAAACCCAAUGAGAAAGGAGAAACAAAACUUCAUCUUGGCCAACAUUAUUCUUAGUUGUCUAAACCCCAACUCAGAAUUUAUUGAACCACUUGACACAUUGAAGGAACUUCUCCGGGAAGUGUUACAACUUGCAAAACUAGAUCAUCAUUAUCCAGAUCCUUUUUUCUUAGCCUGCCUCCUGUUUUGGCCAGAAAAUCAAGUGCUAGAUCAAGAUUCCCGAUUACUGGAAAAGUAUGUUGCAUCCUUAAAGAAAUCUUUCAACAGACAGUAUAGGCGCAUGUGCAGGUCCAAGAAGGCAAGCACACUCUUCUAUCUAGGGAACAGAAAGGGCCUCAAAGGUCUUGUUCACAAGUCUGAGAUAGAGCAGUACUUCAGUAAAGUACCAAAUACUAAUAUUCUAUGGCAGAAUGGAGAUGUAUGGAAGAAAAAAGAAGUCAAAAGCCUCUUGUGUCGUCUAACUGGUCAGGCUGAAGGCAAGCAAAUUUCUAUACAAUAUGGAACAGAGGAAAAAAUAAAUAUACCAGUGAUAUCUGUUUAUUCAGGACCACUCAGAAGUGGUAGGCACAUACAAAAUGUAUCUUUCUACUUAGGAUUUUCCAUGGAAGGUCCUUUAGCAUAUGAUAUAGAGUUUAUCUGAGGGGAAAAAAAUUAGUUCAAAUAUAUUUAGUCAUAUACGUAUCAUUUUCCCUCUGUUCUCAUAGCAUAUUGAUGAAAUGACUAACUUACUUCUAAUCACAGUGCUAUUGUCUCCUCCAAAGAAUAAGCCUUUAUAGGACUUA